GAGCCAAUCGAAUUAAUGUCCAGAGAGUCAGAUCGACAGCGGUGAGCCAAAAAAGCACUGUAGCCCAGGCAAAGCCCUUACUGUCUAUCGCCCCACACCACACACACGCACAGGAGAAAAUCAGCGGACCACCCCAUCGAUAUGCCGCCUCACACCCCAUCACAUCCAUCAUCUGUCGCAUCAUGGUUUGUAGAGGUCCGGUCUGCGGUGCUCACAGACGGGCAUCUUCAUCCUCACCCCAGCCAAUAUGGCCGCGUCCACCUCAGCCACCCCCAGCCUGCCCACCGACCCAUCGCUGUUCGGUCCCAGCUCGCCGCCGCCACAGUCCACCAACACCUCUCCUGACACGACACACCAUACUCACGGUGCAAAGCUCAGCUGCACUCCGAUGCAUCUCUGUGUGUGUGUGUGUGUGUGUGUGUGUUGCUUACUUACCCCAUGGAUUGAUGAUAACUGCAUGGCCGUAGGAGUGCCGCUUGUCAUUGUGCUUGCCACCCUGACCACACACCAGGCAGGCCAUCGAUGCAUGGGAAUGCACUUGGAAGUGCGGCGUCCAUCUCACCUGUGCUGCCGCGAUGACAUAGCACUGCGUCUCGAUGGCCCUCGCACGAAGCAGCGGCUCCCAGUGAGCCAAUCCUACAUACGAAACCCGCUGUAAGCUAAGCGACCGUUUCCAUGCGUCUUGCGUGCCCUCCCUCCCUCCCUGAGGUGACCUGUGCGGAACGUGAAUGCUGAGGGCACCAGCAGCACGUCGGCGCCGCGCAGUCGCAGGGCCGAGUACAACUCGGGAAACCUGCAGCCAGGAAGAUACAUACAUACGAUCCAGUGGAAGGCGUCAAUGGCUGCACCUCUCUCUCUCAGAUGCGACUGACUCACCUGAGGUCAUAGCAGACGCUCAGCCCCAGCUGGCCUGCAGGCGACUCAGCCACCACCACCUCCCCCCCGGCCUCAGUGAAGGACGACUCUCGGAACUCCUGGGGAUAGUUGACGUCGAACAGGUGGAUCUUCCGAUACACAGACACAAUCUUGCCGUCGCUGUCGACGAUGACGUGUGUGUUGAAGAGCUUGUUCGGGUCGGAUGGGUUUCGCUCCUGGAAGCCGCCGUAUGACACCCACAUGCUGUAUUUCUUGGCCAGGUCGCAGUAGCGGGUGAAGAGGGGGCCAUCCAGGGGCUCGGCUAUCUUGAGGGACUGGUGGAAGGACUCGCCAAGGAAUGCAAAGGUCUCGGGAAAGAAGACCAUUGCACAGGAGCGCUCCUUGGCCACCUGGAGAAGCCUCUCCGCCUCCUGUCGACACCGCACGACACACAUGACAUGAAAGUGAAGGGGCACGAGUGAAGGGUCCAGUGCAGUGCAUGUGCACCCCAUGAUCUCUCGCCUGGAAGUUCUUCUCGAUAUCGGUGGUGGAUGUGAGCUGCGCGACGCCAACGACGCAUGAACUGCCGCCAUCUGAGACUCUUUCGCCUCUAUAGCCAUCUGAGACUCUUUCGCCUCUAUAGCCAUCUGAGACCCUCAUCCUCUCAACACAGCGGGAGAAGGGCCGCCGCUGAUGCUGCUGCUGGUCUGUUCUCCGCGCACUGCCAGCGUGUGCGAGGUUGAAUGCUGAUGCGGAUGCUGAUGAGUGGCUGACGAGGCAGAGGUUGGCGAAGAGCGCGGCUGCGGUUCUUUGCUGACGCCACACGAGGGACAAUUGCAUACGGCGUCAGCGGUCCGCCGGACUCAUAAAACCCAG